AUGUUAUUGUCAACUCGUGAUGCACAACGCGAAAAGCGAGCAGCACAACAUUUCGUGGCAGCUACGAUAGCUGACAGAUUAAGUAUUACUGGUAUUGAUAAUGUCAGUUUUCGUUCAGAUUCAAUAUCCAAUAAUCAUUUAUCUGUUGUACUAUUCCGACGACAAUCACAGGUAGAAAUUCAUUCACAACAAGUAUCAAAUCGACCAACGAUUAAUGAUGCACAACCAUCAACAUCUUCGGAGAAAGGGCGAUAUCGUUGGAGGAUGGCUUAUUAUUUUUAUAUUCAUGUAGGUUUAUUUAUUUUGAGUGGAUUAUCAUGUGGUUUGAUCGUUUGGCUUAUUGAAAAUCAUUCAUCUUCACGCAAUCUUCAAAUGGAAGUAGCCUAUAUUGAUGCUUGGUUUGUUAGUAGUUCAUGUGUUUAUAGUUGUGGUUUAACAACAUUAGACUUUGCCAAACUUUCACAUGCUUCUCAAAUUACUCUUAUGAUAUUUACAUUUAUAUCAGGCGUUACAAUUAGUACAUUGCCAGCAUUAGUUAUUAAAGCUCAAACACAUCGAAAAGUCGAAGGAAUAACGGUUGAUGAUGAUCAUGGUGAUUUAGAAGGCCGACCUAAUGAUGAAUUACCUACAUUUAAUAUUCGACAUGAACAAAAUUUACCAGAACAUAUGCGACAACGACUUGCAACAUUACCAACUACAGCACAACUUCGUUUUCGUGCUUAUAUAACAUGCAUUAUUUUUAUUCUCAGUACUUGUUUUGCUAUUUAUACAAUAGGAUUCAUCGCUAUUGGUAGUUGGUUACAAGCACGUUAUACACCUGAACAAUUACUACAAGGAAAUUAUAGUGUUAAUCCAUGGUAUAUUUCAUUUAUUGUUACUGUAACAGGUUUUAAUCAAAAUGGAUUAAGUCCUUUUUCAGAUGGUCUUUCACGUUUUGUUCGCGAUAUUUAUCUCAAUUUGUUUGUUAUGAUAGUAGUCAUAAGUGGGACAUCAUUUUUUCCUUUUAUAUUACGAAAUGUCCUUUUAUUGGCACGUCGUCUAUCUCCAUGGCACCAUAAAGUUAUAUUUGAUUAUAUUCUUAUGAAUAAUCAUCGUUUAUCUACUUUACUUUUUCCUUCUGUACAAACUCGUAUUUAUUUGUUUGUAACAAUGUUAUUGUAUAUAAUAGGUGUUAGUAUUUCGCUUAUACUGGAUUUAAAGCGUGAUGACUUCGCUAUUUAUUCACCUGGUAUACGUGUUCUUAUAUUUAUUUUUCAAACAGUAAAUACACGUUUUGCUGGCUUUCAAACUAUUGACAUAAAUUUAUUAGCAUCAGGUACAUUAUUAGUUUAUCUAUUAUUGAUGGCAACUAAACCACAAAUGUUAUGUGCUCUUGAUGAAUCUCCAUUUGAAAUAUCUUGGUUGGCAUUACAAGCAAAAGAGGAAGCUAAUGCUGAAACAGAUUCUAUAGUGAAUGCCAAUAUUAAUUUAGAUUUACCUGCACCUAAUAAUGGAUUAGGAUCGACUCUAUCAGCAUCAUCAACUGGUGUUUUGCCUAUGCAACAGGUGAAACGUUUUCUACGUCGACAAAGUUUUAUUACUAAAAAUCUUGCUCGAGAGGAAUUUACUAAACCAACACCAGACGAUGAUACUCGUAGUAAACCCCGACGUUUGCAAUAUUUGCGUGCUCGUUUAUUUCUUAUUUAUUUUUUACGAUCUAUGAUACAACAUACAGUUAGUUUUAUUAUUUUAACUCGUACUUGGUUAUUUGUUUUUAUAUUUCUUAUAUGUACUAUAGAAUAUCGUAAAAUGGCACCUGUCGAUUCAAAUAUAACUGUUUUUAAAGUUAUCUUUGAAAUUAUAUCAGCAUUUGGAACUGUUGGAUUGUCACUUGGCUAUCCGAAUGUAGCAUCAAGUUUCUCUACUGUUUUUUCACCAGCAAGUAAAACAAUAAUUGUUGCAACGAUGUUAAUGGGUCGACAUCGCGGUUUACUUGCAUCAAUGAAAGAUCAAGAAGCUAUUGGAUAUAGUGCUACUGACUUACUUAAUCAGCGACGUGAAGAAGUUUUUAAUGAAUAUCAACGAACAAAAUUUUAUAGAAAUCUUCUACUAACAAUAAGAUCGGAGGAAUUGAUUACAACCUUUUAA